GUCUUUCAUUUUAGUGUAUCUGUCAUAGAGGUUGAUCUAUAAGGACAUGAACUUUAUGACGUGACCACGAUAUACAACAACUAUAAAAGCCAAAUCUUUUUCACAGAAAGACAUCAUUUGCAAGCAGCAAAGUAACUAAUCAACACUUUAGAAAAAAUGGCUUUCAAACUCUUUGUAUUCGCCGCCUGUUUGGCUUUGGCAAGUGCUGGAAUUAUUUCUGCUCCAGUGCAAUAUGCAGCACCUUUGACUUAUUCAGCACCAGCUGUUGUGAAAACUUAUGCAGCUGCUCCAGUUCUUGCUCAUUCAAGUUCAUCAAUUGUGAAAACUGUAAAUACUGUACCACAAGUUUACAGUGCACCAAUUUAUACAGCAUCAGCUUACAGUGCACCAGCAUACACAGCACCUAUUGUAAAAACAAUUGCUGCACCAGUUGUCGCUGCUCCUGCAGUUGCAACAUAUUCAGUUCCAACUUAUGCUAAAGUUGCUGCCCCAUUGACAUAUACUUCAGCUGGAUGGGCUUAAAAAUUUACAUAACAAAUACAAUUAUCUCAAAUUGUAAGAUCAUAAUAUUCAAAUUGCAUAUAAUUUUUUGUUACAAAUUUUGAUUGAAUAAAUUAUUUAAAAUCCGAA